AUGCAUACUCCUCAGCAAUGUCAUAACAUUGAAUCCAGCUUUAUUGAACUUAUGGGGAAGUGCAAUAGUGAAAAACUAAAUAUUGACAAUAUUAUUUUGAAUUAUUUAAUAUUAAAUGGUUAUUAUGAAGCUGCAAUUGAGUAUUGCCAAGAAGCUCAUAUUACACCUUUGGAAUAUAUUAACAAAGUAAGGAAUUUUAUAAAAAUAAAAAAUUGUAUUCUUGACCAUAAAUAUGAGGAAGCAAUUGAUGAAAUUAAAAUACUUAGAACAUCUGAGGUAUCAUCUAUUAAACUAAGUAAUACUGAAGAUAGUUCAAUAAAUAUAUUAGAUGAAAUAAUAUUUCAUAUUAGAAAACAUCAAUUAUUUGAUAUUUUUAUCCAAAAUAAUGAUUAUGUAGAAGCUUUAGAAUUUAUUUCAACUAACAUGAUUCCUCAUACUAAUAUUAAGGUAAGUCAUUUCUUCUCCAAGUAA